UAAACUUCACUUCCCAUGAUUCUUCGGUGACGUGUGAAAGGGAAGCUAUGACGUUAAGGUGCUAGUUGGCUUUGAUUAAUUUUUGAUUUCAUCAAAUGAGCAUCUUCCAUUUUUUUACUAGUAGAGCAUUUCGGGAAGUCGGGAACUUUUUGUCGUCAUACAAUCAUCUAGUCGUUGCAAGACUAUAACAAGAAGGAUGUUUUACCGGCCAGCAAUUCAUUAAGAUCGACAAGAAAAACAAUCAAAUGAAAAUUAAUUGCAACUUUACUGACUCCGUCAUGGAAGACAAGGCAAAUGGUUCUCUUGACACCAAAAGCCCAGUGGAGAAUGGCCAGCUUCCAGAUCCAGCCAACUGGGCGGUUGCUGACGUCGUCAAUUACUUUAAAGCUACAGGGUUUGAGGAGCAAGCCACAGCAUUCCAAGAUCAGGAAAUCGAUGGCAAGUCACUGCUCCUGAUGACACGUAAUGACGUGCUAACGGGCCUGUCGAUAAAGCUGGGCCCGGCUCUGAAGAUCUACGAGUAUCAUGUGAAGCCACUGCAAACCCAGCACCUAAAGAGCGACGCUUGUUAGCACGUCAUCAGGCUUUCGCUACUCUAUGCCUCAGUGACAAUCUACAACCCUCGACCAGCUGUCCGUUGGCAGAGACUCCUCUGACUGCAUGGCACCUUAAAACAGGAUGAGUUUGAACAUGUUUUUGGAAGUGUGGACUCCAAACAUUGGUGGCACAUAUGGGGUCUAAUGAGCUGUUUACCUUUUUAGCUGUUCUUAUUUCUGCUGCUUCAAAUUUGUAUUUUGUUUUGUAUUUGUUGUCUUUUUAUUUAAGACAGAUCUUAUUGAAGAUGUUAUUCCAGAAGUGUGAUUUGUGUGUAUGAAUUGUGUUAUAUUUGUGUUUGUCUGUUCGUCAUGAACCACUGAUGGUUUUAAAAAUUGUAUUUGUACAUAAGAUUGCAGUAUAUAUGAUGGGACACUUUGAAAUGGCAGAAAGUACUGAUUCGGUGCUGUUGAAUUUGAAAAAGUCAUGUGUAUGCUCGGCAUUGCACAACUGAGUCCAUGCAUUGCUACUUGGCUGGAAAGUAUUAUGGGAUUUUUAGAUACCUCAAGCAUAACUCAAAAGGUCUUGCUUGGUUCUUUGAAAAUGAAAUGUGUGUUUAAUUAUGAUGUCUCUACUACCUGUGGUGCUUCAACUUGGUUGCAAAGACGACUAAUCAGGUGUAUGUCUGUGUGUGGUAAUUGAUCUUGUGCAACACUGGAGUUUUAAUAUUUUAAAAACUUGCAAUAAAUGGUGCUCUUUUUCUCACCAAAGAACAACACCUGUUUAUUGGUUGUUGCUGCUAAAAUUUAUGUGCUGUAUGGACAUCAGCGAUGUCAUUAUUCCAUAUUUCUGCU